AACCGGAGCCGGAGCCUGAGCCGCAGCCGCAGCCGCGAUGGCCAUGGCGGUGGGGAGACAGUCUAAUGAAGAGCUUCGAAACUUGUCCCUUUCUGGCCAUGUUGGAUUUGACAGUCUCCCGGACCAAUUGGUCAACAAGUCUACUUCUCAAGGAUUCUGUUUCAACAUCCUGUGUGUUGGUGAGACAGGCAUUGGCAAAUCCACAUUAAUGGAUACUUUAUUCAACACCAAAUUUGAAAGUGACCCAGCUACACACAACGAACCAGGUGUCCGGUUAAAAGCCAGAAGUUAUGAGCUUCAGGAAAGCAAUGUACGGCUGAAGCUAACCAUUGUUGACACCGUGGGAUUUGGAGACCAGAUAAAUAAAGAUGACAGCUAUAAGCCAAUAGUGGAAUACAUUGACGCCCAAUUUGAGGCCUACUUGCAAGAGGAACUGAAGAUUAAACGUUCUCUCUUCAACUACCACGACACGAGGAUUCACGCCUGCCUCUACUUUAUCGCCCCCACGGGACAUUCACUGAAGUCUCUGGACCUGGUCACCAUGAAGAAGCUGGACAGUAAGGUGAACAUUAUUCCAAUAAUUGCAAAAGCAGACACGAUUGCCAAGAAUGAAUUGCACAAAUUUAAAAGUAAGAUCAUGAGUGAACUAGUCAGCAAUGGCGUCCAGAUAUACCAGUUCCCUACAGAUGAAGAAACGGUGGCAGAGAUUAAUGCAACGAUGCGUGUCCACCUCCCAUUCGCAGUGGUUGGCAGCACCGAAGAAGUGAAGAUUGGCAACAAGAUGGCAAAGGCCAGGCAGUACCCCUGGGGCGUGGUACAGGUUGAGAAUGAAAACCAUUGUGAUUUUGUGAAGCUGCGGGAGAUGCUGAUUCGCGUGAACAUGGAAGACUUGAGAGAACAGACACACACCCGCCAUUAUGAGUUGUACCGGCGCUGUAAGCUUGAGGAGAUGGGAUUUAAGGACACUGACCCUGACAGCAAGCCCUUCAGUCUUCAGGAGACCUAUGAAGCAAAAAGGAAUGAAUUCCUGGGAGAAUUGCAGAAGAAAGAAGAAGAGAUGAGACAGAUGUUUGUUAUGAGAGUGAAGGAGAAAGAGGCUGAACUUAAAGAGGCAGAGAAAGAGCUCCACGAGAAGUUUGACCUUCUAAAGUGGACACACCAAGAAGAGAAGAAGAAAGUGGAAGACAAGAAGAAGGAGCUCGAGGACGAGGUGAACAAUUUCCAGAAGAAGAAAGCAGCAGCGCAGCUACUACAGUCCCAGGCCCAGCAGUCUGGGGCCCAGCAAACCAAGAAAGACAAGGAUAAGAAAAAUGCAAGCUUCACAUAAAGCCUGGCAAGCCAAGGAUGUUCCCGCAUUCACCUGCUUUUGCAGUAAUAGUGUAUCUCUGCCAUCUGUGUCCUUUUGUUUUAUUUUGUUUUGCCCUUCCCCAAACACCAAUAACUCUUAACUCAUUUUGCUGAAUGUUGUCGGGUGGUGGAAAACCAUAGAACAAGGGAAUAACAGCAAAGGCUCUGUGCAGCUGGACUUUGUUUCUGGAAAUUAAAUGAUUUGCCCUUUU